AGGUUUGUACCGGGUUUAUUAGGCAGAACCCCCGAAUAUUACUUGCUCGAUAACAUUCAUAAUAACGCGAGAGUUUGUAAGUUGCCUGAAGGCUGUAGUUGCAACUGUCAAAGGUAGAGUGGAAACGCGCAUAAACCAACACACUACUUACUAUAUUACUGUACCCGGCCGAGAAGAUAAUACCCGUAUAAAAACCCAGAGGAAAGGAACUGCAGACGGCAACGAACGCGACCGAGGUCGAAUCUUUUCGUUCCCUUUUUCCUCGGGUUCGUUUUCUUUUACUCGAACUAACUCUCGUGCAGCUAUUGAAAAUUACUGCACUAAACAUAUUUUUGUGCCUCCCUUUAGCUCCAGCCAGCGCAAUGAUUUGUUAUACUCCUCCUUCGUAUUAAAGUCGCCAUUUUGCUUCACUGCCCAGAUAAAACCUUGUAUUUAAAAUAUAAUCUUCAAGGAGCCGGAGCCGUCUCGAUCUUUCCUGCCUGCUGAUUUCAUACGCGUUGAGGUUGAAUACGUGCCUCGUGGUUGACAUAUUCAUGCAUGAGAGAGGGGGGCAAGUGAAGGCUGGAAAAAGGAGGGGGCUAAGGACCGACCGUGACGACUGGCAGUCCGCCUGCACCGACGCUCAACACGGCAGGUGUGAUUGCCAUGUAAGACCGGGAAAGGCGCAGCCCCACGGCCUGACCCGUACGUGGGUGACCCGGGCCACCCAGCCGCUGGUGCUGGGUAACUCCGACAAUUCCAGCAUGGAGAUCCCCAGUAUCCCACGGCUGGCAAAGCUGUCAUCAAGGGGUCGUCCUCCAAAACAGGCCCACCCCCAGGAGACUGCCAGGACCACAGCUACAGCCCCUGAGAACAACAAACACAGUACACCCUGUAGUGAAAGAGGGGAGGGAAAGAAGAAGGUGCGUCCUGAAGAGCAGGAGCUCAGGAGUAUCCCUGCUAACAUGAUGGUCCAGUGGAAGGAGGAGUUUAAGAAGAGGUCCAGGGUAACGUGUCCUGGCUCAGGCUGCUGGUUAGAGUUCCCCAGCAUCUACGGUCUCAAAUACCACUACCAACGCUGCCAGGGGGUGACCCUAGCAGAGAGGUUGAGUCAUGGCUGUCCGGACUGUAAGGCGGUGUUUGCCACUAAGGUCAGCCUCCAAAAGCACAAGCUGUGGAACCACCCCAUCGAGACCAAGGCUGAGCCCAAACUACACAAGACCCCCGUGAAGGGGACCGCCAGGAAAAGGCCAAUGGAAAACACACCACUGUCGCCUGUGUUCUUCAAAGUCAAAAAGACCCAGGAGGUGUCUAGUCCCUCCCAGAACGGGGAGUGUGCCCCCAAGAGGGGAAAGAGGAAACAGCACCCACACCCCCAGCCCCCUCAGCAGCAGGCUGACACCUCCCCCAACACCUCGGGGGGCAGCGAGAGCGAAGAUGAGGGGAGCAGUCUACUCCCACCAUACCCCAAUGAAGACCAUGAGAGGACAAGGCACAGACGGAAGCAGAAAACUCCUAAGAAGUUCACUGGAGAGCAACCCUCUAUCUCAGGGACGUUCGGACUGAAAGGUAUGAACAAGGUAGAGGAGAAGUUGAAGGCUGGUCGUGUGAAGAGAUUAGAGGGGGGUCUGUUCAGCGAGGAGCUCCAGAGGAAGCACCCUGGUCCAGCCUCCAGGAGAGACCUACCACCCCUCACCUCUGCAGAGGCACAGUGGCAGCAUGCCAUCUCAGAGCGGGGGGAGGUGGUGUGUCCUACCUGCUCCAUUGUCACCAGAAAGACCAUCUCGGGCCUCAAGAAGCACAUGGAGAUCUGCCGAAAGCUCCAGGAUGCCCUGAAGUGCCAGCAAUGCCAGAAACAGUUCAGGUCCAAGGCCGGACUCAACUACCAUACAAUGGCUGAGCACAGCAGCAAGGCUUUGGGGAGCGAGGACCAGAUGGGGGACGUGCAGUUGGAGAGAGAGGGGCUGCGUAGAGUGCUCAAACAGACGGGACGAAUCAAGUGUCCUAAGGAGAGCUGCUCAGCCCAUUUUUUCAGUCUGAUGGGAUACCAGUACCAUCAGAAGCGCUGUGGCAGAGAGCUAUCAGAGGAGGACAAGCCUGUGUUUCUGUGUCAGCACUGUGGGAAGACCUACCGCUCUAAGACUGGCAGAGACUACCACCUCUGCACUGAACACCCCACCACUAACAACAAUACCAGCGGCAGAGGAAUGAGAACAGAAGAGGGACAGCCUGCAGGAAGGAGGGAACAGAACCACAUGGAGAGAGAGAAGGAUGGGAGAGAGAGGGAGAGAGAGAGGAAGGACAACGAAAAGGGUCAGGAGUUGUCUGCGGGUAGGGAGAAGGAUGGGAGAGAGAGGGAGAGAGAGAGGAAGGACAAUGAAAAGGGUCAGGAGUUGUCUGCGGGUAGGGAGAAGGAUGGGAGAGACAGGGAGAGAGAGAGGAAGGACAAUGAAAAGGGUCAGGAGUUGUCUGUGGGUAGGGAGAAGGAUGGGAGAGACAGGGAGAGAGAGAGGAAGGACAAUGAAAAGGGUCAGGAGUUGUCUGCGGGUAGGGAGAAGGAUGGUAGAGAGAGGGAGAGAGACAGGAAGGACAACGAAAAGGGUCAGGAGUUGUCUGCGGGUAGGGAGAAGGAUGGGAGAGACAGGAAGGACAACGAAAAGGGUCAGGAGUUGUCUGUGGGUAGGGAGAAGGAUGGGAGAGACAGGAAGGACAAUGAAAAGGGUCAGGAGUUGUCUGCGGGUAGGGAGAAGGAUGGGAGAGACAGGAAGGACAACGGAAAGGGUCAGGAGUUGUCUGCGGGUAGGGAGAAGGACGGGAGAGAAAUGGAGAGAGAGAGGAAGGACAAAGAAAAGGGUCAGGAGUUGUCUGUGGGUAGGGAGAAGGAUGGGAGAGAGAGGGAGAGAGAGGGGCUGGGGGAGGACUUUGAGAGGACUCCUAGUGGUAGGGUGAGACGUCGGUCUGCCCAGGUAGCAGUGUUCCACCUGCAGGAGAUAGCAGAGGAUGAACUGGACAAGGACUGGGGCACCAAGCGAGACGACCUGGUACCGGACAGCAAGAGGUUGAACUACACUCGUCCUGGUCUUCCCAUUUUCAGUCCCAAGCUGCUGGAGAGCUGGAGGAACGAGGUCAAAGAGAAGGGCUUCAUCUGCUGCUCCAACGGAAGCUGUGAAGCUGUUUACUCCAGUGUGUCCGGACUCAAAGCUCAUCUGGCCAACUGUAACCAGGCAGAGGGCGAUGCAGGGAAGUACACCUGCUUACUAUGCCAGAAGGAAUUCAGCUCAGAGAGUGGUGUCAAAUACCACAUCAGCAAGACCCACUCUCAGAACUGGUUCCGAGCCUUCAGCCACAUGUUGCCCAGCAGCAGCAGCAGCAUCAGCAGCAGGAGCAAACCGCCAGACUUCCAAGGGAAAAUGGAGGUCAAGAACAGAGCCACCAUGGGAAAGAAGAGAGGCCGCAAGCCCAAAGAGCGCCCCCCUGAGGCCACCCCCGUCCAAACAAACACUUUUUUCAGCACCACCCAAAACUCAGCCCCCACCCUGAACAGGGGCCAGACCCCGGUCCCGACAGAGACAGGAAACCCAGGGAGUAUGACGCUAAACAGACAGCCCAACCAACCCACCACACGGAGGAGUAGGCCCAAGUGGGUGCCCCCUCCCUCCGAGUAGCUCUGCUUUCAACCCAAGAGCCAGAGAGGCUAUGUCUAUCUAUCCACAUUACGCCAGUAAGCUCAAGGAUGUUUUGGAUACCUCAAGGACUGGCGAACAGAGAACAAAACUAAAAACAACUGCACUCAGAUCUUUGUGUUUUAAAUAUACUGUAUACAGUUUGUGUCUCCUGGUAUAUGUUGAUAUGUUUAUUUAGUUUCCUCCAUUCCAUUUCCAAGCAUCAUUUCAGUUAAACUA